AUCGUUGCCAUUAUCACUUCAGCGUGGUUGCUUAGUGGUCAUCCGCCGUCAAUGAACGGAAAACCGGGUGGGUGAGUAGGUAUCGGUUUGUUAGAAAAGUGUCAGCGAUCAGUUGCUAGUCUGCAGGCACGGAAAACGCGCGCGAAACUCAGAAGCUGCGCGCGUGAUCGGAACCGUCUUGACUUACGUGCUUGAAAAUUGAAGAGCAAGGAUAAAUCGUCGGAGGCUGAAGCGGCUGCUUGGUAAAUUGUGGUGGUGAAAUAUCGGCUCUCGCUAUUUGUGGUAAUUCAGCAUGGUGAAGAAAUAAAUCAAACGUUUGAAGAUAAAUAGUGGUUUUGUCAUGUGCAUAACAAUUUAGUUUAUCAUAAGAGUUCACGAAGAGAUUCUUUGACAGUGUGAUUCAGUUGGUAAUAGAGAUAGUCAAUAAUUGAUUGAAUAGGUCGUUGAAUAGUUCAAUAAUCCUACGACUUCCCUGCAACAAGUGUUUUUUUUUUGAAGAUUCCGGCAAAAAUCCGCCUCUUCAAGUAUGAAUAAGUCUUAUCUCUCGCGGACGACUCGGUUUGUGUAUUGUCUAUUAUAAUGUCAAUAGACGUAUUUUAUGAUGUGUAAAAGUUAAGCCAGAUGAGUUUGUGAUAAGUCUUGUGAAACACUAUCAACUAAAAGUGAUAGUCACUCAGGUGCAUUCGAAGAUCCUUGAGCAGCCCAUUCAAUGGAAGAUUCAUAAAAAAGUCGAAUGGCCCGAUGAUACGAUGAUAGACUCGAGUUGAUGAUCAGCGUUUUAUUAGAUAGUGCAUGUGCUGAAUCUACGUGAGAAAACCGGCGUGCUGCUAUUCAUUGGAUGAGGGGCGAAUAGUUUGUAAAGUUGUAAAGCUUCACAGUCCUCGUAUCUUAAUUACCAUAUAGGAGAUGAUGCUGACCUGCAACAAUCAUCGUCGCUGCUGCGGACGAUGGGACCAGCUUCGCGCUAUAGUCAGUUUGGCCUUGUUGACAGCGACCGCGGUCCAUGGUCAAUUGGUCAGCUCAGAUUGUGAUGCGACUAAAUGUCCACCGGCGGUUGACAUUCCGGACAUGCUGCUUCAGGUCGGCGAACGAACUGGGAAACAGAUAGUAAACUGCUGCGAGGUAACGCAAAUCUUCUGUGAUCGGAGUACGUGUCCUGCGAGGAUUCAGUUCUGCAACGAAGGAAGGACCAUCCGACCUAAGAUCGUGGAGGGCAGAUGUUGUACUUUGGACGAGUGUGAUAACAACAGCACACGAUCGGAGCUGUGCGAGGUUGAAAUCAAUGGAACCAUCACCAGGAAACAGAUUGGCGAAAAAUGGUUCAGCAUGGUCAACAGGACAACGUGCAUGAACUUUGAAUGCUUGCGCGGAGAAUCUUCGGAGCCAUUUGUGAAUUCUAUAGGAAUCACCUGUAAUUCGAACUGUCCGGAGGGUUUUGCACUGCAAUAUUCUGACCAGCAUUGCUGUCCACAGUGUGUCCAAGCAAAGUGCCGUUUCAACGAUCGCUUCUAUUCCGAAAACGAAAGUUGGGUAAGUCCAGAUGGCUGUCAGCGGUAUCGAUGCAUCAACGAAGGCGGUUUGCUAUCGAUUACAUCGGACCGGAAGCAGUGUCCCGUGAUGAUGGAUUGUCCAUCGGAAAACGUGGUAGAGCAGGAUUGUUGCAGCACGUGCAACAUAACGCUAGUGGAACCAGUAACACCAAGACCUCGUAAAGGAAUCGAAUAUUACGAUGAGCUCGAUUAUUCCGAUCACGAAUGUAGGCGAGAAUGUAUGAGGGGUAGAAAACCCAUGAAUUGUUAUUAUAGGUUUAAAAUGGAAUGGUACGAAACCCUGAGUAAGGCAUGCUAUGAAUGUCCGUAUAACGCUACAGAUUGCGAACGACCGCAUUGUAUUGCUGCGGAUGGAGUUAGCAGGAGUGUGAUCGUUAUCAAUAGAAUGAUGCCAGGGCCAUCCAUUGAAGUUUGUGAGAAUGAUAUAAUUACGGUGGAUGUGGAGAACCAUCUCAUGGGAGACAGUACUACGAUACACUGGCAUGGCUUACACCAGAAAAGAACGCCAUACAUGGAUGGAGUUCCUCACAUAUCUCAGUGUCCCAUCAGCCCGGGCACAACGUUCAGAUAUACCUUCAAAGCAGACAAUGCGGGUACCCAUUUCUGGCAUUCACAUACCGGGAUGCAACGUGGCGAUGGAGCAUUCGGGCCGCUUAUUAUAAGGAGAGACAAUGACCCGCAACAGAUCUUGUAUGAUCAUGAUCUCUCUGAACACGUGAUUACUGUUCAAGAUUGGGGUCAUGUAGCUGGAAACCAAAUGUUCACCGCACAUCACCACUCUACGGGAGACAAUAAGCCACCAAAUAUAUUGAUCAAUGGACGAGGGAAAUAUUUCAAGCGGUAUCCAAAAAUAUCCACCAUAUCAGUUAACCGUGAUACCGCCAAUGAUGCUGAACUGAUACAAAGCUCUCCAAGCAAAGGUCUCAAACAGGUCACUGCAACCAACCUGUCAAUGCGUCCGUUAGCUCGGAUGAAACGACAGUCUAGGACCGUGAACUUCAACGCUGUAGUAGUCCCUGAAUCGGAACACAUUCCCCUUAAAGUGUUCCACGUUGAACCGAAGAAACGCUACCGGUUCAGAUUGAUCAACGCAGAAUUCCUUAACUGCCCAGUCGAGCUUUCAGUGGAAGGCCAUAAUCUGACUGUAAUAUCAUCGGAUAGUUUCGACAUCAAUCCUGUGGAAGAUCUGGCGUCGAUCGUCAGCUAUGCAGGCGAACGAUUUGACUUCAUUCUGCGAGCGAAUCAACCAGUGGGGAACUAUCUGAUGCGAUUCCGAGGGUUGAUGGAUUGUGAUGAAAGAUUUACUUCCGCCUAUCAGGUGGCCGUUUUGCGCUACAAAGGAGCUCCUGAAGUGGAGUACGAACAGUGGCCGAAUUACGACUUCCCACUAGAGGGAAUGCAGCUAAAUUCGCUUAACAAAGGAACGGGACAUAGCGAUACUAUAUCGAUAGCAGAGACAUCGUCCAGAGAUCAGGAGGAUCUAUUGUUGCUAAGAGAAAAGACUGAUUUUAAGUUUUACGUUUAUUAUGAUUUCUACGCUAAGGACAAUCCGCACUUUCACGUUCCGGACUUGUACGGAUUUAAGGAUGUCAUCAACAACACCAACCGGCUGUUCACCCCGCAGCUGAACCACAUCUCGAUGCGGAUGCCAAAGAUCCCCAUGAUGCCGGGCAAAGACGAACUGGACGAGAGCCUGUUCUGUAACGCAAGCUCCCUGAUGGAACAGGGCAUCAAUUGUCGGGAGGAGUUUUGCGAGUGCAGCCACGUGGUCCAAGUGCCUCUGAAUUCAACCGUGGAAAUGGUGCUGAUAGACGAGGGGUUCACAUUCGAUGCCAAUCACCCAUUCCAUCUGCAUGGGCAUGCUUUCCGAGUGGUCGGUAUGGAAAGGUUGGCCGGGAACAUUACGGCUGAGGAUGUGAAGCGCCUGGAUGAGGAGGGGAAGAUCAAACGUCGCUUGAAGGGUGCCCCGAUUAAAGACACGGUGACUAUUCCGGAUGGUGGUUAUACCAUUAUUCGGUUCAUUGCGAACAAUCCCGGGUACUGGUUGUUCCAUUGUCACAUUGAGUUCCAUGCUGAGAUUGGGAUGUCUCUGGUCCUCAAAGUGGGUGACAAAUCAGAAAUGGUUGCAGCUCCCCAUAAUUUCCCCACGUGUUACGAUUACACACCGAAUCUGGGAAGUCAGAACUCUAGUGGUCAGCAUACUGUUCAGCAAAGCAUCGUCCAGCGAGUAGUAUUAGCAACAAUUACCGUACAAUAUUGUUUGCGAAGAUAUUUUGAGUGAUUGUGAUAUUUAUUGUUAGAUGUUAAAAUUUAAAUUUAGGAUUUUUUAUUAAAUGGAAUACGAAACCAAAA